GGUCUCCCGUUCCCAACUCUUCCCAAUUAAAAAAACACUCCUUUCCUUAUCCCGAUUUCUAAAUAAAAGGAUUUUUCUUUUUCAUUUAAAAAAAAAAACACACUGAUCUUCCUAUGGCAGUUGGAAGAUUGAAACCUUGUCUAAAAUUUUGUCUUCCUUUCUUGUUGCUGUUCUUCCUUGGGUUCACUCAAGCUCAACAAGGGUAUGUAAAUAAUCUGCAGCUUGCCUGUGAAGAUCCAACCAAAGACAACAACAUAAGCAGAGGGUUUUCAUGUAACGGUGAGCAAAGAUCAUGUCAGUCUUACAUCACUUUCCGGUCGGAGCCACCUUUUUACAACACUGCUGUCUCCAUAGCAUACUUGUUAGACGCUCAAGCAACCCAGAUUUCAUCUCUAAACAACCUUUCAGCUGAUGUUUCUUCAAUUACCCCCAAGUCAAUGGUGGUUGUUCCGGUCAACUGUUCCUGUUCCGGCACCGUCAAUGACAGCUAUUACCAGCAUAAUGCUUCUUACACUAUGAAGUUUGAUUACGAGACUUACUUUUCCAUUUCUAAUGAUACUUAUCAGGGUCUUACAACUUGUCAGGCAAUGAAAGCUCAAAACCCCAUUGAUUAUAGGAAUCUAGAAGUGGGUAAUAAACUUGUGGUUCCUAUUAGAUGUGCUUGUCCUACUUAUAAUCAAAUUCGAGCUGGUGCUAAAUACUUGCUUUCUUAUAUUGUUACUUGGGGUGAUUCCAUUUCUUCUAUUGCUGAGACUUUUGGUGCUGAUGAGAAGAGUGUAUUGGAGGCCAAUGAGUUAUCUGAGGAUGAUAUCAUAUUCCCAUUUACACCUGUUUUGGUUCCACUUUCUGAAGAGCCUUCCAUGAUUAAACCGCCUCAAAGCUCCCCACCUCCAGCCUCAGUCCCUCAAAUACCAACUUCCCCAGUUGGAGAAUCAGAUUCCAAGUCUUCUAAGAAAUGGGUUUUCAUUGGUGUUGGUGUUGGAAUCGGUUCCCUUCUCCUUCUUGGCCUAGCGGGGUUCUUGUUCUGUUUCUUCAGACGUCAACGCCAAGCUCACAAGGCCAGGCCAAUAGCUGCUGCUUCACCACCACCAAUGCCACCAUUCAAUCUGAAACCUUUCUCGGAUUCAACAAAUUACACUCCAAACUCCUGGUCUGUUUCAAUAUCUUCCCAAGGGGUUCGUCAUGCAAUCGAAUCCUUAACUCGUUACAAGUUCGAGGACUUGAAAGCUGCUACAGGGAACUUCGGUGAAUCCAACAGGAUUAAGGGGUCAGUUUUUCGAGGUUCUUUCCAAGGUGAUGAUGCUGCUGUGAAAGUAAUGAAAGGGGAUGUUUCUUCAGAGAUCAAUUUAUUGAAGAAGAUCAAUCACACCAACAUUAUAAGGCUUUCAGGUUUUUGUGUACAUGAAGGAAACACAUACCUUGUCUAUGAGUACGCAGAUAAAGGCUCAGUCAGUGAUUUGCUUCACUCCAACAAGUUCCAAUCUUCAUUUACUCUUUCUUGGAAGCAAAGAGUUCAGAUUGCAUACGAUGUAGCUGAUGCACUCAACUAUUUGCAUAACUAUAUAAAUCCUCCUUAUAUUCAUAAGAAUUUGAAGAGCAGUAACAUUCUCUUGGAUGUUAACUUUAGAGCCAAAGUCACCAACUUCGGGUUGGCAAGAACUAUUGAGGACAACGAUGAAGGCGGAUUGCAGUUGACAAGACAUGUGGUUGGGACUAAAGGUUAUAUGGCUCCUGAGUACAUUGAAAAUGGUGUGAUCACGCCUAAGCUCGAUGUUUUUGCAUUGGGGGUUAUUAUAUUGGAGCUUUUAUCAGGGGAAGAUGCUGCAAAUGCUGAAAAGAAUGGUGGAGAAGAGCUGUUAUCUGCAUCUAUCAGAGUGGUGCUUGAAGGGGAUAAUGUGAGAGAGAAGCUCAAGAACUUCAUCGAUCCUUCUCUUGGGCCUGAAUAUCCCCUGGAUUUGGCUUUUUCCAUGGCUCAACUGGCUAAAAUCUGCGUUGCUCAUGAUCUCAAUGCUCGUCCUUCCAUGGCUGACGUUUUGGUCACCUUGUCUAAGAUUCUAUCAUCUUCAUUGGAUUGGGAUCCUUCUAGUGAGUUUGAACGUUCCACAUCUCUAACCAGUGCGAGGUAGUGAGAUGCUAUUACAUUGGUGAAAGGUCCCAAGUACCAAAAGAAUAAGGGAAUAUUGUGACAUUUUUCCUGCCAUAGUACUAAAAUGGAGUUUUCAUAACAAGACCAUAAUGUUGUAUAUUUGUAUGAGAAAUAAUUUUUGCAAUGGAAUAACCAAGUUUCCCAGAA